UCUACGUUCAGCAAAUUCCACUUUUCAAAUCAUGGAGGCAGAACAGAUUAUGGAGGGACAGCCGCAGGUUCCAGAAAAUCCCCAUUCUGAAUAUGGUCUCACUGAAAAUGUAGAGAGGAUAGUAGAAAAUGAGAAAAUAAAUGCAGAGAAAACAUCAAAGCAGAAGGUGGAUCUCCAGUCGUUACCCACACGUGCCUACUUGGAUCAGACAGUUGUACCUAUCUUGCUACAGGGACUUGCUGUUCUUGCAAAAGAGAGACCGCCAAAUCCCAUUGAAUUUCUAGCAGCAUAUCUUUUAAAAAACAAGUCACAAUUUGAGGACCGAAAUUAACUCCAUAAAAAUGAGGACAAUUUGGCUGCUAGACUGAAACGCUCAUUUGCCGCAAUUUGUUUUCUGCUGUAAAAAUCCUUUGGAACCAUGAUGUUGUCUUUCUUAAUCGCACAAUUUGCUUUACCUUUUGAGUUAUUUAAUAAAGAACACUUUACGUUUAAUUUGUUCACUUGUUUUAAACUGGCUAUUAAUAGACUUUCAAAAUAAAGUACUGAAACUGCA